AUCGAAAAAAAAAAAAAAAAAAAAAAAAAAGUGUAAUGCGAUGUAAAAACAAAUGUGAAUUUUUAAAAGCAAAUGUGGAAAAAAUAAACAUAUUUGGCCCAGUUGUUGUUAAUAAAAUUAGUGGAAAGCACGGACGGACCCACAGUGAGGUGUAUUCGUAUUGUUUCCUUUUUGUCUUCUCCGAUGCCGUGUUCACACAUCGAUACUUCCAAUGAUGCGAAGAUACACUAUUCUAACGUAGUAAUGUAAACGCGAUUCGCAGAAAAAGAAAAAAAAAGAUGAAUUACUAUGCUCCUUAAGGGAAAACAGAAACAAAUUUCGAAGAUAACGUUCCAGUGUAAUUUAUUAUUUUCGUGUGUACAAGAUGGGGAAAGGGUAAUAGUCACAGAACCCUUAUGCUAGAAUGUUAUUAAUGAUUGUAAAGAGGAUAAAAAAAAAAAAUGAGAUCAGGAUUUUAAAAAAGAAACAUAGUUACGAGUCAUCUCGAUAUUCAUUCCAUUUGAUGAAAGAUAACAGAAGAGGGGAUUACACAGGUGUACUACACAAUGUGAUGCUCUUACAUCAAUGUCAUAUGCGAUAAAAGCAUAUGUAAUGCGUGCAUAGGACACGCCCAUACGAUUGAUAAGUAGUCUGUACACCUAUUUUGUACAUAUACGAUACAAUAAAAAAUUUCACAACUUUUAAUCAGUAUUGCACGAUGUAAUCUUUAUUUAGACGCCUUUCCUGAUUGUACAAGAAAAAUAAUGUAUUCGUAGUUUGCGGAAUUUUAUGACAUCCAAGCGUUUGUCAUUUGUUAGUACAAUCAAAGAUAUAUAAUAAUUAUUUAGUGAAAAUGAUUUUUCGCCAUUAUGUGAAGAACAAAAAUUGCCUGUUUAUAAAAUUCUCGAUGAAAUAAAUACAAGCAUCAUGUUAAUGAUUUUUAAUUUAUAAGAGGUACAUCAGCUUAUCUUAUUAGGAGAGUCCUGUGACUGUUUACAAAGGAACAGAACCUAAAAAUUUUAUAGAUUACUAUAUAACUAAAUUUUUUGACAUACUAAGGUAAGUGAAACAUCAUCAAUGAAAUUAACAAUACGAAACAUUUUGAUGUGAUGUAGUCGAAGGUCAAGAAAAUUUCACCGCUGAUCGCUAGCACGUAAUAUUCGCUAUUAUGAUAUGCAGAAUAUUAGUUGUAAAAACGGCUUGAACAGGAGUACAGACGCGAAGAUUUUUCACUCAAGUAGACAAUGUCAAGUAGCCAGCGAGAAAUUAACAAGUUUAUAUCAACAAGUGGCAGACCUGAAGGAAACAGUUGUAUCAUUAGAAAACAUAAUACAAUUAAAGGAUGUUCAGUUGCAAAAUAUGCAAAGAGAUAAUGGUCGACUAUCGGCUGAAUUGAAGAAACAACAAAGAUACGUGAGGAACCUGAAACAGCAGUUGGACGAUGAAAGAUUCCUCUAUCAGAGAGAAAAGGAUUUCUUUGACAGUGAAAUGCAACGACAAAAAGUACGAUGUGGCGCCUCGAAAUUAUCUCAACGAAGAAAAGAAUUAGAAGUGGUACGAGAAUGUUUGGAAGAUGAGAAUAAAUCGCUGCGAGAAGAAUUAAACGAAAAAGUGGAGACAACGUACAAUUUGUGUAUAAAGUUUUUGCGAAUGAAAUAUGCUAAGGAUUCGUUAAGGGAGAAAUUUGAUCAAUUAUUGAAGGAGCAUCUAGGAGUAAUGUCGGAUAUGAUGGAGAAAUUAGACGAAGCAAGAGAAGAACUCAAUAUAAUCGUCUCCGAAAAAUUUCAAGACCCUUUACCUUUGAGCAAAGCAAAAUUUUUGCAGGUGGUGCAACGAAACGCUCGACUAGUUCACGAAAAUGCGACGCUCAGAGUGCAAAUACAGCAAUUGACGUUAAACAUCGAAAGAUUAAAUAACUGUAUGCAAAAGACGAAGUCAGUGAACGUAGACGCAAAAAUUAUUGCCAAACUAGCAACGCAAAAUAAAAAAAGACGUAGCAAAGAAUUUACAAAAUGGCUACCGUUUCAUUUAUAUGAAAAGGAAGUCGACAAAACUUUGUCUCUUACUAAGUCGUCGAAUACCGAAAAUCCCGUUGAUUACUCUGGAGAUGCGAAAUUAGUGUCGAAAUUUCGAUCGGAUAGUAUAAAAAAGUACGCGACUGCUACGGUACAAGAAAUUCAAACUGAAGAAACACGGAAAUUGCGAACGGAACGUGCGCGCAGCGCACCAGAAAUUCGACUAGCGAAAGCACAACCAAGCUCGUCGGCGAAUAUUUGGAUAGCUUUUGGUCGAAUGAAUGUACGGCAUGCCGUAACGAAUACUUAGAACUACGAAUCUAGGAUGUUGUUGUAAAAAUGUAAAUGUUAUAAUUAUCUUUUUUAUAUUUAUUUUCUUUUUCGUUGGAAACAUAUCGACUGUAGAAUAUAAAAUGCGAUGUAUCAACUGUAGAUUAAGUGGCGUGAAAGUAAACUGUUUAAACGUUGUUCCACCAGA